AAGUCAAUACUCUGACAACUACCAUGGCAGCGAAAGCGGCACCAUCGUACUUGGAGCAUACUCGCGAUACUGAUGGACCCGAGCUUUGGUGUGUGCCUAGUAUCGAGCUAGGCUCCGCCACACCAAACACCUUUUAUGGGGUGACCAUGGCUUCCGGCCAAUUCAACGCCACUGAUGAAAAUGGUAUUGAUGGAGCGAUAGAGUACGAGCCAAGCGUGGGUGCCCCUGAUGCAGGUGGCUUCCUCUUUCCUCCCGGUCCCACCACGCUAACCGUCACUGUUAGGGAUGUCUGCGGUAAUCCUUCGACAUGUGAAAUCCUAAUCAUCAAUACACGUUUAGGUGGAACCUCCUAG